AUGUCCAAUCUUGAACUUCAUGUAUUCUCAGAUUCGUCAGAAAAGGCAAUAGCAGCAGUAGUGUAUGUGGUAGGGUGUUCCAGUGCUGGUGAGAAAAAGGCCAGUUUUGUGAUGGGUAAAGCUAAGGUCGCCCCAGCUAAAGGUCAUACUAUUCCUCGUUUGGAACUUUGCGCUGCUGUUUUGGCCACAGAGCUGUACACUUUAGUUUCUGAGAAUCUUGGUGUCAAUAUCGCCGAUACUCAUUUCUAUACAGACAGCAGAGUAGUGCUAGGUUACAUAGGAAACCAAACCCGUAGGUUCCAUACUUACGUCAGUAAUAGAGUUCAAAAGAUCAGACGUGUAAGUUCUCCAAAGCAAUGGAGAUAUGUAGCAACAGACAAAAACCCUGCAGACAUCGGUACUAGAGGAGCCAGUCCCAAAGAAUUGCAGGAUGGCUUGUGGUUGUCAGGUCCAACUUUCUUUUGCACUCAGGAAACCCCAAUGUCGAAUGAGUUCUUUCCACUUCUAAACCCACAAUUAGAUGUUGAAGUUCGCACAGAUGUUGUUACCAUGAAAACGUCUGUUGGUAGCAAUGCUCGCUUGGAAACAGACCGUUUUGAGCGCUUCUCAUCUUGGAGUAGAUUACUGCUUGCUCUAAGUGUUCUAGUGCAUGUUGUUUCGUCUUUCAAGAAGUGUUGUAGUCAGAGAGGUUGGCAUGGAUGUUCCAUCUCUAGUUCCCCAGAGAGUAAGUCUAGAGCUACUGAGGUUGUGCUCCGAGAAGUUCAGUAUGAUUGCUUCAAAGCAGAAGUUGAUGCUCUUUCCUCACAGAGCCCUGUAGGUAGUAGUAGUACUCUGGUUGCAUUGGAUCCAUUUCUGGAUGAUGUAGGAUUGCUGCGAGUUGGUGGACGCCUGCGUCAGGGUGACUUUCCAAUAGAAGAGAAACACCCCAUAAUCUUAGCCGCAAAACACCAUGUCACUAAGUUGCUCAUACGUCACUACCAUGAAUCCGUUCAGCACCAAGGGCGCUUAUUCACUGAAGGUGCAGUAAGGCAGGCAGGUUAUUGGAUUGUUGGAGGGUGA